AGCCGGGAGAGGAAAGCUCUUUUUCGGUCAGAUGGCGUGCCGCAGUCCGCCCCCACAUUUCUCUCGCCCACACCAGCAGCAAAAAGACUCUCAUUAACAACCCAGAUACUGCCAGCAAAAAGCAGCCAGGCAGGGACUUGGACACUCCGAGACGAGCACUUUUUAUUUUCAUUGUUUACCUUAAAGUGGAUUUCUAUAAAUAUGCUCGAAUCCUGUAGCGCUCUUGUACAGUUUAUUCAGGAGAAAUAACACAGACUGCUCGUAUCGAAGCGAUUUAUUUUUGUUUUUUUGGGGGGGUUUGGACGCAAACAUGACGUGUCGCAGUUUUAUUCUGUAAACAAAGCAACAAAUCUCGCUUACUGAUAAGGCUUGACAAUCUGGCAUUAGAGAAAGAAACUAAUAAGAGGCGAGGAAACGUGUUUCGAAAUCCCAGUAUUUUGCCUGUUCCGAUUCCUGAAUCGGUUCCUUCGGAAUCCCACGCGCUGUAGUAGAGCAGCAGGAGGAUGUCGGUGCCGCGGACGCUGGGCGAGCUGCAGCUAUACCGUGUGCUGCAGAGGGCAAACCUGCUCAUGUACUACGACACCUUCAUCCAGCAGGGCGGCGACGAUGUGCAGCAGUUGUGUGAAGCUGGAGAAGAGGAAUUCCUGGAGAUCAUGGCUCUGGUCGGGAUGGCUACAAAGCCCCUGCACGUGCGGCGCUUGCAGAAAGCCCUGCGCGACUGGGCCGCUAAUCCCGCCGUCUUCAACCAACCCCUGACCUCGGCCAUGGGAGGAAUCCCGCUUUUUAAAAUCGACAGCAUUGUGGGCUCCAGGAAGUUAAGUAACGGCCAGCCAGCGUCCCCGUGCGACAGGGAGGAUCAGGGAGCUUGUCUGACUCCGCUCCGAGAUAACGGCAGUCCGAGGAGCCCGUGCUCCCAGGCAUCGCCGCUUCCUCCAGAUCAUCAUCUUUACAGGGACAAACUGUCCCCUAUGGAGCCUCACUGGCUCAGUCCGGAAUUAGACGGGAACGUCGGAGCAGAGGAAGACCAACCCAGUCCUCCUUUGCCUCUUUUGGUCCACUCCCGGAACAUAGGUCCCUCGACACCGCCCACAUCUUCCUCCUCGUCCACUUCCCCUUGGCCCGGAGGACAGCUGGACGCAGAUACGGUGAAGGCGGUAGGGGAAAGUGUGGAGCGUUUGUUCAGGACGGUGCCGCACACAGACCCGGCCGAGGUGAAGAGUCUCCUGAGGCUGAAUAAGAAGAUGGCCAAGACGGUGGGUCACAUUUUCAACAUGGAGCCACACGACAAGAGCAAAGAGGAGGAGAUCCGCAAGUACAGCCUCAUCUACGGCCGAUUUGACUCCAAGAGGAGGGAGGGCAAGCAGCUUACGCACCAUGAGAUGAUCAUCAACGAAGCGGCGGCGCAGUUCUGCAUACGCGACAAUGCGCUGUUACUGCGACGGGUGGAGCUUUUCUCUCUGGCUCGGCAGGUGGCGAGGGAAUGCGCCUACACCUCCACGCUGAAACACAGCAGGACCAACCCUGAGGACUGUACCAAUUCCUUUAUGGACAACAGCGCACCCAAAAGAAUCAAACUUGAGGUCACAGAUUCAGACGGCAUUAACCCGAUCCGCGGAUCAAAGAGCGCUGACGCAGCGAUUCACAGCAGCCUCAGAUCAGCGGCAGACGACGACAGUCUGUCCGGAGAAAGUCUGGACAGUUUAUCUCACGAUGUAGGGCCUCACUCUCUCCCCUCGUCAUCCCCCCGUCCCCUCGCCGACACCAUCGGCCCCGUCACCUGGAGUCGCCAGCUCAUGCAGCAAACGCUCAUGGACGAGGGCCUGCGAUUGGCUAGAAUGGUGUCACGUGACCACAUGGCCAAGGUCAGCCUAGGGUCAGAGAAGAGACAGACUUCAGAGCCUGAGGGCCGAGCGUCGGACAGACGAGGCUUGAACGCAUCCCACCAGAGCAGCAGCCCUGCCAGCACUAAAGACGACCCUUAAAGGGACACCAGCAGGAGCCAGAAGUUGCCUUGCUGCUCAUCUCAGGUGUCAUAUGACUCGAACUCUCUGGAGAUUUUUACACCUGCUUUCCCAAAACUGUCUCAUGUUAGUCAGCACAUCCCAGGUCCAGUGUUCGAAUGUUCUUCAACUGUGAGUCAGUGGCUGGAUGAAGAUGUGUGUUGUAGAUCAGACUUGGUGCUGAAUGGUCCGAGUUCAGUACAGUUCAACGCAUUCUCGGAUCGCCGAGGGGGUGUGGCUUACUACUACAACAUUAACGAGCUGAUGCGUGAUAGACGUGUUUAAAACAUCCAGGACUUCAUACAAUACAGAACCAUGUAGAGCUGUUUUGCUGAAGUUUGAUGCAGUGCAAUACUGUAAUAUAAUACUGUAUUAUAUUACACACACACACACACACAAUCACACACACACACCAGUACUAAUUAAAGAAUGAUGUAACACAUUUGACUGCUCUUGGGCACAGAGGACAUGCCUCCUUUUCUUGGACUGACUGACAGAAAAACCACACCUUCUUUACAGAGAUUGACAGACACAGAGGCCACACCUCCUUACUUUGGACUAAAUAGCACAGAGCCCACAUCUCCAUUACUAAGACUAAACAAAGGCCACACCUAUUUUUCCAGAGACUGACACACACAGAUGCCACGCCUUUUAUACUGGGGCCAAUAGACACAGAGUCCAUGUCUUCUUUACAAACACUUCUUUUACUGAACCUGGCAGGCUGAGAGGCCACACCUCCUUCAACAGGACUGACAUAAGCAAAGGCCACGCCUCUUCUGAGACGCGUGACACUGAAACAUCUCUUUCCCUGGAUCUAGCAUUUAAUUUCAAUUUAAUUUGAUUUGUAUAGCGCUUUCAACAGCGGACAUUGUCACAAAGCAGCUUUACAUGGAUAUGAAAUUUUAAUUUAGCCACAAUAAGCUAAUAGACACAGAGGCCACGCCCCCUUCUUUGGUAUAAAGGCACUGAUCACGAAAAUCAUAUAGUUCUCUGAACCCACACACUAUACAGUCUACAGUGCAUUAUGGAGUUUUCUCAUUUUUGGUUAUGUCUGAAAGUGUAACACAGAACACCCAGAAACACCCAGUGUACUAGGAUAGUGUCUAAAUGAUCAGAUUACCCAUAAUGCACUGUGUUCCAGACUAUGCUGAAGCCUGGAUGUUAAAAAAGACAGGAAGGAGAUUUACAUUUCUUGUAAAUACCUAGAAUACGUUCGUUGCUGUCACAUCAGUAACGCAGCCGUAACCGUCGAUUCGUUUCCAUUUCCUGAUUAACGGCAUGUAACUUUAGUUUAAAGACACGUGGCAGUGAUAACACACACCGACUCUGAGCUGAAUCCCAGUCUGUCGGAGUGGGAAAUUAGAUCGUACAGUCAUUAAAGGAAUCCGUUUUUUUUAUUGUGGUUUAAUUAAAACGAUUUUUAACACUAACUGAUUAAACGUAUAGAGAAUAUUAGCGUAUGAGCUGUAGUAAAAGUACGGGAUAUUAGUUUGUGUUAUCUUUUCAAAACUUUUUAAAGGUAGAAAGCAAUCUAGGUUUAAAUCCCGAUUUGUCACCAGGACAUGAGGAUCAUCCAGUUGGUUGUAUGUGUUUUUGUUUUUCUUUGGAUCAUUGUUGUCUUACUGGCAUCAGAUAAUUUAUUUUUUAAUAUUCUCAA